UAUCAACCUCAAAUAUGUCUUGGACAAAAAGUUUAGCUUAAAAUAUUUAUGUAUAUCACAUAGCAUCACGCAUGUUCUAGGUAUAUAAAUAAGCUUUUAAUUCUUCUGCACCACUAAUUUCUUUGAUAUUGUUGAAUCAUCAUGGCAAAUCAACCACAACUGUCAACAACCACCAUUGUCAGCCCUCAAUACUGUGCUCCAGCUACACAUCCAAUUGAUUUGAUAAUCACAAAAGAAUGGACUGGGAGAAAUAACUUCACUAUCACAGACACCAACAACAACCUUAUUUUCAAAGUUAAAAGUCCUCUUGUAACCACCGUAACACCGCGCCAACACCGGUUCUUGUAUGAUGCUAACAAAAACCCCAUUCUCCAUCUUCGUAGAUCGCUGCUAGCAGGAGAUGAUAUAUGGAAAGCAUUUAGAGGCGAAAGUGAAGCGCCACAGGACCUUAUCUUUACUAGAGAGCGAUCUUCGUUUAUGCAGCUAAGGACUAAAUUAAACGUGUCUUUGGCAAAUAAUUCAUCACAAGCUUGUGACUUCACAGUCAGAGGAAACUUAUUUCAAAAUUCUUGGAAAGUUUACAUUGGAAAUUCUGACAAUGUUGUUGCUAAGAUUAAGAAGGAGCUUGGCACUAUGUUUAUCACAGAAAAGUUCAUGGUCACUGUGUCUCCCAACAUAGAUUAUGCAUUCAUUGUGGCUCUUGUUGUGACCCUUGAUUAAGUUUUAGAUUUAUAUUUUUCAAAUUAUG